AUGAAAUCAUCAUCAUCAUCAUCAUCAUCAUCAUCACUUUUAAUGCUCCUAAUAUUGAGUAUUGGUGCAGCUGCAACCGCCACCCAGAAAGAUGCCGAUUACGUCGACAUAUACAAUUGCAAAAACAUCAACACUACAAACUUCAGUGAUAUCAAGAAGGCCAAAUACGGUUGCAAGUAUGAUUCUUGGGCGUCAUAUCUUAUCAAUCGGGGGUCGGAGUCGUAUAAUAACUUCACCUAUCUCUUGGAAAAUAACUCCACCUUCACCAAGAACUACAACGCAUACAUCGAUUACUAUCAAAAACAACUCCUCAGUAACUUCACCUUAUGGUUCAGUGGCUACCCAAAUGGGAAACAGUAUUAUUUAUGUGAUGGAUCCUCGACUUUAACAAAAUGCGCCUCCGAAACUAUAAAACAAUCACCAGUUUCCAAUCCCUUGAUGGGGGGUAUCAGUGUCAGUGAAGGGGUAUGUAUUGAUGGGUAUCGAAAUGUUUAUAUUUCCAACGAUAAAUUGAAAGCUGCCGCUACCAGUAUGAGCAAUUACUUCAAUGCCAAGAUCACUGCUGAUGAUAUUGAUGUGGUCUCUUCGAAGUUCCUGGUGGAAUUGAGCGAGGAAAUGCAAGAAUGCGAGAUCGCGUAUUUCCAAAACGUCACCAUGCCAAAGGCCAUGGACAUUAUCCCUAAUCCCAUGGCUCAUAUCACCAAGACAAACGUCACUGAUUUACAAAAUAUCAUCAAGCUCGCUAGACUGGAAUACCAAGGGGUCAGUGGCAUGGACCUCGUAACGAUUCUUACUCCGGUGGUGGUGUUUGCCCAAACUUCAGAAGUGAUCAUGAAUAUCAAUGCCAUCGGUGCAGAAAUCGUCAAGGAAGAAUCCAAAGAGCGUAAACUAGAAAUUAUUAAUCUCGUGUUUGGGUUUGUUGGGGUGGCCACCAUGUUUUUAGGACCAUUGGAAUCGAUCAUUGCCAAUACCGUUCUAGGGGUUGCCGACAUGUUGGCAAGUUGGGCCGUCGAAAAUACUCAAAUGACUCCAAAAGAGAUUGGAUUUGGGCUUUUAGGAGUUUUUUUAGGAGUUGUUGGGGGAGCUGAUCUUGGUAAAGGGAUCGAAGAGUUGGCAAAUGUAUUUAGAUUUGAUGUUUCAUCUCUGCUCACAAAGAGUAUGACGCAUUUUUCGGACUUUUCGGGAGCUUUAAGCUCUAUAUAUGGUGUUUCUGUUGGGAAUUAA